AUGGCAUCAACAUUUUUCUCAGAUAUGGCCGAUGAUUUUAAACAACUUUUUGAAACUAUGGAAUGUUAUGAUAUUAAAAUUUACGCUGGCGAGGAUUCUCAAGAAAUUCACGUUCAUUCUUUGGUGUUACGUGCUCGCUCACCUUAUUUUCGUGGGCCUUUCAAGCGAAUGGGUGAAGAAAGAAGAUGUUUGAUUUUAAUUCUCAAAUACGACGAUCUUGAGAUAGAUGAAAUGAACUAUGAUUUCAAACUUUGGAGAAAAAUUAUUUCCGAAGAAUUUGAAGAUGAUAUCUUACGUUGUUAUAUGGUUCCCGAUGCUAUUCCUGCUCUUAAUAUGUUUCCACCUAGAAAAAUGAUGGAAAAAGUUACACUUUUCAUCAAAAAUAUGAUAACUCAAAAUUCUGAGAAUUUAGUGGGUGAUUAUAAUCCACUGGAUUGGAAUUCAAAUGGUUAUAAAAAUACAAGCGGUAGUUUUUUGUUUUCAAUAAGUGAUAAGAAUAAUAUUUCUGGAGCAACUAUUGGUCGCAUUUCUCAAAAAUUAUGGUUAUGCUACAUAUGGUGGCAAAUGUGGUAG